AGCUGUAUGACUUAUGUAGAUAUCAUCUCAUCGCAUUCUUGUUUAAUAUUCGCGCCCUGUGAUUUCUCCCGAGGCCCUCUGCUGAAUGCAUCCCUUCUGGAAGUACAUAUCGUCUGUCAUACAUAUAUCUAUUAAUGGCGGAGCUUGCGGGGGCGGCCCAGUUCGGGGCCGAGCUGAAGGAUGGCUUCAAACCUGUUAAUGCCUGGGUGUCGAACGGCAUCGCAUGGCUUGAGGAGAUUCAGCAAUUCUAUCGCGAACGAAGUGCAAUCGAGAAGGAAUACAGUGCGAAACUCAAUGCUUUGGCAAAGCGAUAUUAUGAGAAAAAGUCGAAGAAAAUCAGCAGCUUGAGCGUCGGAGAUACCCCGACCAUGACCCCAGGCUCUCUGGAGAGCGCUUCCCUGACCACCUGGACGACACAGCUUUCCACGGUGGAAGCCCGAGCGGCUGAGCACGACCGCUUUGCUUCCGACCUCGUUUCUCAAGUGGCGGAGCCCAUCAAGCUCCUUGCCUACCGACAUGACGAAAUACGGAAGCGUCAUGCCGAACAUGCUGCAAAGCUGGAAAAAGAGAGGGAUGUGUCAUAUGCCGAUCUACGAAAGUCCAAGGGUGCGUAUGAUGCUGCCUGCCAGGAAGUCGAGAACAGGCGAAAGAAGACCGAGUCUUCAUUUGAUCAUAGCAAGACGAAGGCGCAGAAUUCUUACCAACAACAACUCUUGAACAUGAACAAUGUCAAGAACACGUAUCUCAUCGCCAUCAAUGUCACCAACAAACAAAAAGAGAUGUACUAUCACGAGUACAUUCCAAAUCUCCUUGACAGUUUACAAGACCUCUCCGAAACUCGCGUGACAACGAUGAAUGGACUCUGGGCGCUUGCUGCCGAGCUCGAAGCCGCGACACUUACAAGGAGUCGACAACAUAUGGACCAUCUUUGCGAGGAGAUACCACGCAAUGAUCCCGCCUUGGACUCGCUGAUGUUCGCUAGGCACAAUAUUGCCAGCUGGCAAGAGCCUGGAAACAUGGGAUUUGAGCCGAGUCCAGUCUGGCACGAUGACGAUGCCAUGGUAGUGGAUGACCACGCCAAAACAUUUUUACGGAACCUUCUGAGCAAGAGCAAAGGGCAGCUGUCAGAACUAAGACGGGAGGGCGAUAGAAUUGGCCGAGAAGUCGAAGCUCUGAAGCGUAUCCGGCAAAAUAUCAGGGAGGGCAAGGACAAGCGGGAUGAGAUUGAGAUGGUGCGAAACCUGUUCGCUAUGCAAGAACAAUUGAACCAGAUUGAUCACAAGCGCAUAACCGCGGAAGUGGAAGUGGCAACUAUUACCGCCGUGGUGGGUGACCUCACACUGGGCGCGAGCAGCCACAAUUUCAAGUCUCAGACAUUCAAGAUACCAACCAAUUGCGACCUUUGCGGGGAGCGCAUCUGGGGUCUUUCAGCAAAGGGUUUUGAUUGUCGGGACUGCGGUUACACCUGUCAUAGCAAGUGUGAGAUGAAGGUUCCCGCCGACUGUCCCGGAGAGCAGAGCAAGGAAGAACGGAAAAAGUUAAAGAAUGAGCGGCAAGAAGCUGCUCGGGCGUCACACGUGGAGAUACCAGCGAGCGCCGACGGUGGCGAGGGGCCCAAGCUUAGUCGUACGAACACCAUGAACUCGCUCAGCUCAGGAUAUGCAUCAAGCCCGCAUCGAUCUAUGUCCGGGGCAUGGACACCCACUGAGGAAUCAGUGCCAGAGCGAAGUGGCACUAUCAAGCCGACCAUCACGCAAUCCAAUACGGUACGCAAGCACCGAGUCCUUGCACCACCUCCUACACAAUAUGUCGGUAGCACGGGCGACGAAGCUGGCACCGAUGCUCUUCAGCCCGGCGAGCAGCGCGGAAAGAUGCUCUAUACUUAUCAGGCCAACGGUGAAGGUGAAAUCACUGUAGAGGAGGAUGAAGCUAUUACGGCGGUGGAACCUGACGAUGGCUCGGGUUGGAUGCGAGUGCGACAUAGCGCCCAGGUAGGGCUGGUGCCUGCCUCUUAUGUUGAGCUGCAAUCUGCAACAACACUUUCUGUCGAUCGACCGGCUUCCAACUUUUCGGAUUCGUCUACUUCUCUUGCUGGCAGCUUCGUGGCCCCGGGUAAGAAAAAGGGACCGGCCGUAGCACCCAAGCGAGGCGCCAAGAAGCUCAAAUAUGUAGAGGCAAUAUACGACUACGAAGCGCGCAGCGACGCGGAGUGGAAUAUGUCUGAGGGUGAUCGCUUCGUCUGCAUCACACGCGAUGCAGGUGAUGGAUGGGCAGAGGUGGAGCGAGGAGGACAAGUCAGGAGCGUGCCGGCGAACUAUAUCCAAGACGUACCUUGAUUAUUUUUUUUUGUGGGCUGGUUUUGGCUUGUUGCGCUUUUAUCCAUGGUAUCUGAUCUGCAUAGUGUCAUGGCAGUGAGCGAUUGGAGUUUGGCGGCGUUUUUGCCCGAGUCGUUGUCAGGACCAAACCUUUUGCGCGCGCAAGGAGCGAAGCGUGUCGCUGUACAGAAAUAUACUCUAUUGGCUUUCAGACGACAGCAUCCCCUCAAUA